GAGCUGCAGGCUGCAAGUUGGAUUAACGACCCCGCUCUCAAUUACCUGCUUUACCUCCAGCACGAUCGCUCAGAGGGGGACGACACAUCCGUUACCAAGGGAAAACCUCAACGAUAGCUCAGACUCCAAGCGCACCACAUAUCAUCACUAUGAGUCCUCAACCCAGAUAUGCCCGCGCCACAGCUGCAUCAGCCGCAAGAUCCAGUCCCAAAUCUCCCAAAGUCCAAGAAGACGCGACGACUCCCAAGAAACUCAAACGCCCAUCCACACUCCCAAGUCCCAAAUUCCGGGCGGAGUACCAUGACUCCGGGCCUUUCACCCUCAAGCCCGAGAACCCCAAGAAAGCCUGUCGCCUCGCCACGCUCCCCCCAGAAAUACGGCUCCUUAUAUUCGAACACGUCCUGCGAGUCUGUCCGACAGUCUACAUACCCCAACAUGGAGCACGCGUCGCCUGUCGGGGCAAGCAACUCUGGCCCGCCCUGCUCCGCGUAAGCCGGCUAGUCCGGCAAGAAGCCGCCUAUGUCUUCUACAUGCAGACAACCUUCAUCUGCGCGAUCCAUGACCUGAGCUUCAAGGCCAUCAAGUACUGGGUUGAAUUGUUGCCGGCCGCGCACCGCACCUUCCUGGCGCGGAACACUAACUUGCGACUGGACCUUCGGAUUGAGAUGAGAGAAUGGGUGCGGGCUUCUUUAGCGCAGAGCUGGAUAGCUACGGAGCGGUUUGGAAAUAUGUAUUCGAUUCGCCGAGAGAAGCAUAGGCUGCACUUUAUUAGCUUUUGUAAGCUGGCGGAUUGGUUCCUUUGGUGUGGGAAACCUGCGAAUGUGAAGAUGAAGUGGAAUUAUGCCGUUGAGAUUACAGCGUGGAGCUGGAGCGGGUGGCCGAGUCGUGCGGCGCUCAUACAGCAGUUCUUGGAUGUGUGUCUGCUGCCGUUUUCUUUCCCUUGUGUGCACCAAGCUUGGGUGAGGGAGAGAAGGCAGAGCGAGAUGAAGAAGGAGGCCUUGAAUAUGUUGGAUGGGUUGGAUGGUAUAUUUCAGGGUUCUAGCCGAGCGGAGAAGGCAACGUGGGAGGGUGAGUGGAAUCGUAAGGUGGAGAUAUUAAGACGGUUUCUGGGAAAGUGGUAAGCCAUCAGCGAAAUUGUGGCUGGAAGGGGUUCAGUGCGGGACAGAUUGCUCACGUAUGUGAGUGUGAAUACGGGAAAUGGAGAUUUGA